AUGGUCAAUGCUUCCAGUCUUUCCCACUAGGGGCGCUGUUAAUAUGUAAAGCGGUGGUGUGUACAUUUUGUUUGUUGACGAUAAUUUAAAGCAUUCUAUGUUAAAUUUGACAAAAAAACAAUAAUAAUGUCGAAAUCAAUACCAGAUAGGUGGUUGCAAUAUAAACCCUUCGGAGAGGUUAUUCAAGGCACAAAAAUUUUGGCAUUCAAGGUUCCGUUACGAGAAGGUGUGGCUAAAAAUCUCCAGCCGCAACAACGGUUCACAACUGCUAUUCUCCUGCAGUCAUUCCCCCAACUCAAGUACAUCGUGGACUUGACAAAUACUAGUCGUUAUUAUGACAAAAAGGAUUUUACCGAUGCUGGCGUUAAGUAUGAAAAAGUUAUGGUUCCUGGAAUACAAGUGCCUCCAAUGGACGUUGUAAAAAAAUUUUUUAAAGCUAUGGACGACUUUACUGCAGCUUGCGGAGAAAAUGAAUUAAUAGGCGUGCAUUGCACACAUGGAGUAAAUAGAACGGGUUACUUUAUUUGUCGAUAUCUUGUACAACAACUCGGUUGGAAACUGACACACGCAUUGCAAGCUUUCCAAGAAGCCCGAGGAUAUCCAAUUGAGCGUCAAAAUUAUGUAAGUGAAUUAAAGAAAGCGCCAUGUGGUCGUAAAAUUGACACCAGCAAAGUGAAUCUAACACCGUCGAAUGCUCGUGUAAGAAAGGUACCAGUAAAACGAAGACCUCCUCCCAAUCAUCAAGGAGGUCGACCACCGCCACCUCCGCCUUAUCUCAUGGGACCACCGGGUCCUGGUUUUCAUCCACCACCACCUCCACCACUUCGACGUGGUUUUGCAAAUGGUGGCCCAUUUCCAAGAGGUGGUCCACCUCCACGUGGAUUUAAUUUCCCUCAACCAGGUUAUGGACCACGAUUAGCCGGUCCACCACCACCAUUUGGUCCACGAUUAGGUCCACGAAUGGGAAUUAGAAAUCCAAUACCACCAAUGGGAGCGCCAGCGCCACAUCCACGUGGGCCACCACAUUGCAUGCCAAUACCACCAAGAAUGUCAAUGCCUCCAAGAAUGGCUGGUCCACCGCGAUUACCAAUGGGACCAUUGCCAAGGUUACCUCCCGCCAAAAUGCCACCACCAAGACUUCCUUUAGCACCUCAACAGAUAUCUUCGAAACGAAAUUCACUUCAGAUUCGUAAGCGUAAAAGCCGCGCUGCCGCUGCCACAGCGAUAACGAAAACUAUUAAAGAUCAAGAUUUUACAGUCGACACUUUCGAGGAGAAUUUAACUGCUGCACCAGCUGCGAAAGUAAGCAGAGUUUCUUAAUAAGCCUUUAUAUAUACAUAUAUGUAUAUAUAUAUAUAUAUAUAUAUAUUGACGUUUAGUGACGUCUUUUUAAGGGCUUGGACAUACGAUGUACAAUGAAAAUCCUUUAUUGUAAAUUCAAUGAGAUGUAUAGUAGGGUCUAUUAACACAAAUAAGUCGCAUCAAAUUUCA